AGAUUGAUCUAUACAAAAGGUUUUUUUUUUUAAAAAAAAAAAAAGGGAAUUGAUCUUGAAGACAGCAUAAUCUCUUAAAAAAAUAUUUUCGUUGAAAAUAGAGCGAGUCACCAUCAUGGCUGGCAAUAGGUUCCCCGUCGAUCUCGAGCAAUUCAAAAAGCUGAAGCUCGACUACAACACCCCCAAGCUCACGCCAGAGCAGAAGAAGGAUCUUCAAAACAAUAUUGACAUUUUCAGAGAUGCAAUCGUUGCAUUCACUGCCACCGGUGCUGCUCGAGGAGUGUCGGGCCAUACGGGCGGUCCAUUCGACACUGCGCCAGAAGUCUGCGUACUGCUGGGGUUUAUCAAUGCGAAGCCAGAAGCGUUCGUCGAUGCAUUCUUCGACGAGGCUGGUCACAGAGUAGCCACCCAAUAUCUGCUGGCCACAUUGGCCGGGAAAAUAAACCCGGAGCACCUGCUUAAUUAUCGGGACGCCAAUUCGAAGCUUCCUGGUCACCCUGAGUUGGGCUUGACACCAGGCGUUAAAUUCAGCUCGGGGCGCCUUGGACAUAUGUGGGCAAUGGUGAACGGAAUCUCCAUGGCCAAUAAGGACAAGAACGUGGUUUUGCUAGGCUCGGAUGGAUCCCAACAAGAAGGCAAUGACGCUGAGGCCGCACGCAUUGCUGUUGCGAACAAUUUAAAUGUGAAGUUGUUUAUUGACAACAAUGAUGUGACCAUUGCUGGACAUCCCUCACAGUACCUCAAAGGUUACGAUAUUGCGAAGACACUCGAAGGACACGGACUUAAGGUUAUCAAGGCCCAGGGGGAAGACUUGGACUCUCUCUAUGGUGCCAUGUGCCAGGUCUUUACCAGCAAAGGCCCUGCAGCCGUAGUCAUAAACCGGAAUAUGGCACCCGGUAUCGAUGAACUUGAAGGGAAGAUCCACGCCCACGACGUGGUAACAGUUGACAUCGCGCGAAAAUAUCUCACCAAGCGAGGCUACAGUAAGGAAGCCCUGUCAUUUUAUGAUGAUAUAAAAGGUCGCUCCAACCCACAUCAGUAUGUGGGCUCGUCAAAGGAAAAGGGAGCAAAUCGUGCUAUCUUUGGUGAAGCUGUGAACUCUGUCCUUGAUGGAUUGAGCAAAGAGGAAGCCGCCUCCCGUGUCAUGGUAAUCGACUCUGAUCUAGCAGGCUCGACGGGACUGAAAGCCAUCGCAUUAAAACAUCCCGAGGUUUUUGUUGCCUCUGGUGUCAUGGAGCGUGGUAACUUUUCUGCCGCAGCCGGCUUUGGGUUUGGUAGCGAUGGUUCCCGCCAAGGAAUAUUCUCUACAUUUUCUGCCUUCUUGGAAAUGUGCAUCUCUGAGAUUACGAUGGCUCGUUUGAAUGACUGUAGUGUACUAUCCCACUUCUCCCACAGCGGCGUCGACGAGAUGGCCGACAACACUUGCCACUUUGGUUUGAACCACUUUUUCGCGGAUAACGGCCUAUUAGAUGCCGAGAACACAGCUCUUUAUUUUCCCGCUGACGGCGAGCAAAUGAAGGCCGUUGUGAAGAAAGUCUUCUGGGACAAAGGACUACGAUUUAUUUUUUCGACUCGCUCCAAAGUACCAUAUAUCCUCAAGGAGUCCAGCGACGAGAAACUUUACGGGGGUAACUAUGAAUUCGUUCCCGGAAAAGAGGAUAUAAUCCGUCGUGGUUCUGCUGGUUACAUUGUCUCGUAUGGGGAUAUGCUUUAUCGUUCCCUUGACGCAGUGGAAAAUCUCCGUCAACAAGGCCUCGACGUGGGUCUUGUUAAUAAACCGACGCUUAAUGUUGUCGAUGAAGAUGCCAUCAAAAUUUACGGAUCAACCGGGUUUGUCGUCGUCGUCGAGUCUAUUGCUCAAAAGACGGGUCUUGGUUCUCGCUUAGGGAGCCAUUUACUUGAACGCAAGCUCACACCUAAGUACAAGACAAUUGGUGCAAUCAAAGAAGGAUGUGGAGGUUUGUACGAGCAAAUUAACGCGCAGGGACUCGGGCCGGAGGAUAUCAUCACAGCUGUUAAGGAAGUCGCAUCAAAUUAAAGCAAGAUAGCAAACCACGAAGAAGCUGCCAUAGUUUUAAGUAAUGAACAAGAAUUUAUGUAAAUUUGCC